CCUUGGCUAGGGAAGCGGACACGUCAGUGCGGCCAGCAACGUCACCAUGCAUGACCCAGCCCGCCUGCGCAGGAUUGGUUGCUGAGGCCGCUUACGCGUCGCGCUUCCUCGUCUGUUCCGCAUGUUCGGGGCGGCUUGUUCUCUUUUCCUCUCGGCAGAGAAGAGGCAAUGGCGGCGAUGGCAUCUUUCGGCGCCCUGGCGCUACUCCUGCUGUCCAGCCUAUCUUGCUGCUCAGCAGAGGCCUGUCUGGAACCCCAGAUCACCCCUUCUUACUAUACAACCUCAGAUGCCGUCAUUUCUACAGAGACCGUAUUCAUCGUGGAGAUCUCACUGACCUGCAAGAACAGGGUGCAGAACAUGGCUCUUUAUGCCGACGUAAGUGGAAAACAAUUUCCUGUAACCCGGGGCCAGGAUGUGGGCCGAUAUCAGGUGUCCUGGAGCCUGGAGCACAAGAGCGCCCAUGCAGGUACCUAUGAGGUCAGAUUCUUCGAUGAAGAGUCCUACAGUCUUCUAAGGAAGGCUCAGAGAAAUAAUGAGGACGUUUCCAUCAUCUCACCCCUGUUCACAGUCAAUGUGGACCAUCGGGGUACCUGGAAUGGGCCUUGGGUAUCCACGGAGGUGCUGGCUGCAGCAAUUGGCAUAGUGGUCUACUACCUAGCCUUCAGUGCAAAGAGCCACAUCCAGGCCUGAGGGCAGGAUCCUCAGCCCUCCAUUGCUUCUUUCAAUAAACAGUCACUGUUUGCCACGAA